CAAGAAUCCGGAGCCAGUUUUAUCCGCAAGGAAGGCGUGGCUGCUUGAGCACGGGGGCAAAAUAGCCCAAUAUUUGGGAAGGCGAGACACAGAGCAGCUAGAAGUAGAACAGAAGAGGCACGCACGCGUGAGAAAGAAGCGAGAGACAUGGCGGAGGAGGGGAAGGUGAUCGCGAUCCACAGCCAGGAGCAGUGGGCCGCCAAGAUCGAGGAGGCUGGCAGCAGCACGAAGCUGGUGGUGAUCGACUUCACUGCAACAUGGUGCGGACCAUGCCGCUUCAUUUCUCCAAUCUUAGAUGAGAUUGCCAAGAAGCUUCCAAAUGUUCUUUUCCUCAAGGUGGAUGUUGAUGAAAUGAAGUCAAUUGCCGAGGAGUUCAGUGUCGAGGCCAUGCCGACGUUUGUGCUUAUGAAGGAAGGAAAGGUCGUGGACAAGGUUGUGGGAGCUGCCAAGGAGGAGCUGAUUGGGAAGAUUGCGAAGCACAGUGCAACUGCAUGCAUAGUGGAGUAGGGGUAGUAUUCGCCUAAAUAAAAUGGUCCUUCAACUCUGAGUUCGAGAAUAAGAUGUGUGUCAACCGCUGCUUGCUACCGCUCAACUCAUGGAUAAGCUGGCACUGGUGCUGGAGCAGAUACGUAAUGUAAUGUUGUUAAACCCUGUUAAUCGCGCACACUGGCGACAAACUGUAUGUGAUGAUAACAUCGGUCCAUGAAUAAAAAAGAAACCCCGUGUGUCCAAGGUUCAA